AAGAGGGUUGUUAGUCCAGUAACAUAUAUCACAGCAAGAAGACCAUUAAUGGCUUCUCAAUGCACCUUGUGUCUCCAUUACUGCUCUCAGUCUCUUUCUUCUUUUCCUUCCUCAUCCCACCAUGUCUUGUUUUCUCCCUCCAUCAAUCCCUCUAACAACACCUUUCCCGGGAUUUCGCGGUUGAAGGCUAAAGUCAUUGUUUCACAGAAAAAAUCCGACUUGAGAGCAAAAAGCACCAGCAGCAUAUCAGAGCCAAAAACUUCACCAGAAGUUCCACGGCUGGAAGGCUUGACACUUCCGACAUUUGAUUGGAAUAAGGGGAUUGAUGAUGAGGUUAACCAAGAACGUGGUGAAGAUUUGGAGCGCUGUGCGAUGAAUGAGGGGGUGAUCAGAAACAGAGUGGAAGCGGUGAGAAAGAGGUUAGAGUCAGAUGAAGGAGAGCAGAGCAUAUCGCCGUCAGCUUAUCACACAGCACUGAUGGCUCUGGUAGAAGAUGUGAAUGGAAGUGGGGCCCCCCAGUUCCCAGAAUCGCUUCAAUGGAUAAUAGACAAUCAGCUUCCAGACGGAUCCUGGGGAGAUGCUCACAUAUUUGUGGCUUAUGAUAGGCUUCUGUGCACCUUAGCUUCUGUCGUUGUCUUAACACACUACAACGUUCAUCCUGACAAGGCGCACAAAGGGCUAAAAUUCUUCAAAGAGAAUGUAAACACACUCGAAAACGAAAAUAGAGAGCACAUGACAUGUGGGUUUGAAGUGAUUCUGCCAACACUUCUUCAAUCGGCAAAAAGUUUGAACAUCGAUUUGCCUGAUGACUUCCCUGCCCUCCAAGAAAUAUUGGCAAGGAGAGAUGCCAAGCUCAAAAGGAUACCGAUGGAAGUGUUGCACAGUGUGCCAACAUCAUUGCUGUUCAGCUUGGAAGCAAUACCAGGGCUUCAAUGGAAAAAGCUUCAGAAAGUGAGAAGCAAAGAUGGCUCUUACUUGUUCUGUCCCUCUUCCACUGCUUUUGCUUUCACCCAAAGCAAAGACCCACACUGCCUCAAUUACUUGAACAAUGUGGCUCACAACUUCAACGGCGGAGUCCCGGAUUUCUACCCCAUAGAAUUUUUCGAACAACUAUGGAUUGUUGAUCGAUUGGAGCGUUUGGGAAUCGCAAGAUAUUUUCAACCAAAGAUUAAAGACAUCCUGGAUUAUGUUCACAGAAAUUGGAAUGAGAGGGGCAUUGGAUGGACCAAAGAUUCAGAGUUGCCAGAUCUUGAUGAUACAUCCAUGGGAUUCAGACUACUAAGAUUAAACGGCUAUGAUGUUUCUGCUAAUGUGUUUAAAACAUUUGAGAAAGACGGUGAGUUCGGCUGCUUGCCUGGGCAAACAGACGAAGGAGCAACAGUGAUGUUUAAUUUUUACAGAGCAACUCAAGUUCAAUUCCCAGGAGAGACUAUUCUUGAUGAAGGCAACAACUUCGCAAACAAUUUCUUAUCCAAAAAACGAGCUGCUAAUCAGAUUUUUGAUAAAUGGAUCAUAGCCAAGGAUCUACCUGGCGAGGUGAGUUAUGCAUUGGAUUUUCCAUGGUAUGCAAGCUUGCCUCGAGUAGAGACUAGAUUUUACUUGGAUCAAUACGGUGGUGGAGAUGAUGUCUGGAUUUCUAAAACCCUCUACAGACUGCACAAGGUCAGCAAUGACGAUAACCUUGAACUUGGGAAAUUAGACUACAACAAAUGCCAAGCCUUGCAUCGCGUAGAAUGGAAAAGAAUUCAAGAGUGGUACUCAGAAUGUGAACUAGAGAAGUUCGGGUUGAGUAAAGAAAGGCUUCUUGUGGCCUACUUUUUGGCAGCAGCCAAUAUUUUUGAGCCUGAGAGAUCUCAAGAACGACUUGCUUGGGUCAAAACCUCUGCUCUAAUUCACACACUUAAAUCCACAUAUCAUGACCAACACCAAAGAAAAGCCUUUCUGGAUGAAUUCAAUAACACCAGUACCUCCUUAAAUGAACGAUGGCUGAAUAAAAACAAGAGCAGGGAAGGGCUUUUGGGGACUUUAAUAGAAACUUUGCAUUCCUUCUCUCUAAGCCCACCUUUUGCUGGUUUCAAUAUUCUUCAUGACGCAUGGAAAAAGUGGCUUUUGGGAUGGCAAAACGAAGGAGAUAAGUGGGAAGGAGAGGCUGAGCUGUUGGUGAACAUGAUUAAUAUCAAUGGUGGCUGUCAACUGUCUCAUGACUUACAACUCAAUCCUCAAUAUCAAAGACUGGUUCAAGUCUCUAAUCAACUCUGCCAUCAAUUACAUUCUCUCCAAAGCACCAAGGAAAACAAUAACAAUGGAAGCUAUAUGGCCAACCCAGAAAUAGGGCAGAAAAUGCAAGAGCUGGUGCAACUGGUUCUGUCUAAUUCUAAUGGCAUGGAUAUCAACAUGAAGAAGACAUUCCUCACAGUGACUAAGAGUUUUUACUAUGUUGCUCACACUGAUCCAGAAACUGUCAAGUCUCACAUUGAAAAAGUCCUCUUUGAGAGAAUAACCAUGUAACAUAUGUAGAUGUCACAUGUUUUCUCAUAAGAAAUGCGCUAUAAUCA